AUGCUACGUUCCUCGCUACGUAGCGUGUCACGCUUACGGAAAGGAGCUGUGCGGUCGUUAUCAAGCCCUGCUGAACCUAGCGAUGACGAGGCAAAACCGUGGCUCAAUCCAUGGAAACGUGCACUACCAGAGAGAACCUCCACUCUCACUUCGGUAGAAGAGGUUAAGAUUGAUUGGUCAUAUAUUGAUCGCCUGAUGCCUCUUGAGGUAGUUCCACCACUGCCUGCUCAUGAGUCUUAUCCAACUCCUAGUGGAUGGCAGCCUCCUCAAGAUCCGCCACCAGACUUGCCAUAUUAUGUACGACGAAGGCGAGAUCAUACGUUACCGUUAUAUCUCAGUCGAAAGAAGGAUCUCCUCAAUGAAAAGACGUUGGAUAUAGAUCAUGUCGAACUUGUUAUAAUGAAAGAAGUCGAAGGCGAUAUUUUUGCAUGCAACAGCGAUCUUCGAGAGUUCCUUGAGAAUGAGCUUGGUAUGCCAGUUGCAACUCAUGUUGAUGAGUUGAAGGGAAGAAUCACCAUCAAAGGAGCUGAUCGAUCACUUGUAGAAAAAUUCUUGUUUUCAAGAGGGUUUUAG